CUGCAGACUACACCCACUAUGUAGUUUGGUGAAGAGAUUAAAGUCUCUGGGAAAAUCACCUAUAUAUAUGGAUAUAUGAUAUCACCAUCUCUCAGUAGUGGUAACCAUCAUAAAGGGUUAGGAAAAUGGAAGAAAAAUCUUCCUUAAAAAAUUUGCUGAAAGAUGAAGAAAGGCCUUACGAUUGUAAUACAACAGAUGAACCCUCCCUUCAUAACACUAUGGGAUCCAGUGUUCUCUCUUUGAGCCUGAAUAACACUGGACAGCCCUUCAACCAAAUGGGCAUGCUGAGAAUCAAACUUGAAGAAGCUAAGAAAGAGAAUGAAAUCCUAAAGGCCAUGCUAACCCAGGUUAAUGAACACUGCACUGUUCUUCAGAAUCGAAUACUUUUUGAGAUGCAGCAAAAUCAACUCUCUUCAUCAGUUAUCAAUAAAAACAAUAAUCAUGAGUCGCAGGGAAAAAUACAAGAUGUGGAGAAACCAAUGCUACACACUCGACAGUUUUUGAAUAUUGGUGACUGUUCUUCACUUUCAGAGGGUUAUACAGAAAAGGUUGAAAAGAAAAUAUUAGGCAGAAGCCUGGCAUGUGAGAAGAACAAUAUUGUUGAAGGUGAAAUGAACACAAAAAUAGCAUUGCAUGAAGCAAAAUGCAUAGAAGAUCAAGCAUCUGAGGUUACUUGCAGAAGAGCUAAAGUAUCCAUAAGAGCACGAUCAGAUUUUUCUUUGAUGGGAGAUGGGUGCCAAUGGAGAAAGUACGGACAAAAGACUGCCAAAGGCAACCCAUGUCCCCGAGCCUACUACCGUUGCAGCAUGGGAACUGCAUGUCCAGUUCGUAAGCAGGUGCAGAGGUGUUUUAAGGAUGAGACUGUUCUGAUCACAACCUAUGAAGGAAGCCAUAACCACCCACUCCCAACAGCAGCCAGAUCUUUGGCAAGCUCAACCUCAGCAGCAUUGAACAUGUUCCUAUCUGGGUCACUCUCGAGUUCUGUUGGCACCACCACUCUACCAAACUCACCCCUCUUCUCUUCAUCACUGUCUUCUGUUUCCCCAACUGCAGUAGCCACUUUCUCCCAUAGUGCAACAUGUCCCACAGUAACGCUGGACUUGACUCAGCCCAACAACAACAACAAUAACUAUCUCCAGUUCCAAAGAGCCACCACUUCACACCCUUUCUUCCCUCUCCCACUGCAUGACCACCCUCAUCACGGGUUGCCCUUAUUGUGUUCCAAAGUUCCAACCUUUUUAAGCCCAGACAAUAACCUUGCAUUGGUAGAUGUUGUCAGUCAGGCCAUAACCAAAGACCCUUCUCUCAAGGCAGCACUUUUUUCAGCCAUUUCUUCACUCACCGGAGAUUCUCAGAAGAACAGCAAUAACCGCACCCCAAACACUGGUUAUGACCCUUGUUCUAAGAUGCCUGCAAUAUUACCACCUCAUCACCCUUGCUCUACUGAGUUGAUAUAGAGUUAUAUCAAUAUAUUGUUGUCUAAAUAAUAAAUCAAAUAGAAAAAAUGUGGCUUCUUUUCCUGCAGAAAGAGGUAAGCAUGAUAUGUGUGUUUCUGAGUGAGAGAGAGAGAGAGAGAGAGGUAAGUUUUAUGAGAAAUCUAGGUCACAGCCAUCCCAACAUAUUGGCUUUCCUAUGUAUUUAUACAAUGUAAAAUAAAUUAAUGAACAUAUUGAAGUUUUGGCUUUUGGUCUUGUAAUUAACUAUAUAUAUAU